AUGUCGACCUCUACGAAGCUAACAGUGUUGUCAGGUAAGCCUCUCAUUGAUGCUACCAAGUAUCGCAUGGUGGUUGGCAGUUUGCAAUACUUGGCCUUUACGCGACCGGACAUUGCUUUUCCGGUAAAUCGACUAUCUCAAUUCAUGCAUAAACCGACUAAUGCACAUUGGCAGGCUGCUAAGAGGGUUCUUCGAUAUCUGGCUGGCAUUAGAACUCUUGGUAUUUUUCUCCGCAGUGAUGCUCCCCUUACGGUUCACGCAUUCUCCGAUGCUGAUUGGGGAAGAGACAAAGCAACCUAUGUCUCCACAUAUGCGUAUAUUAUUUACUUUGGGGGCAGUCCAGUAUCAUGGUCUUCGAAUAAGCAGAGGAAUGUAUCUAGAUCAUCCACAGAGGCAGAAUACCGUGCUGUUGCUAAUACGCCUCAAUACCCAAGAAAUAACUCAAUGGUCCUAGAUCCUUCAAGAAGAAGCGAUGAGCCAAUAACAUAUGGAACUGGUGAACCAAAGAAGUCGGACCUGUAA